AUGGCGCAGCAAUGUAAGAAGAAGAAGCAGGGGAAGCAGCAAUGGAAGUCAAGGAAGAAGAAUGGAGGGAAAAAGAAUGAGAACGAGCGGAUGGAGAAGAAGGAGGAGGAGGAGGAGGAAAAACAAGAAGAAUGGAGCGAAAAGAGCAAAAACGGAGCAAUUGGAGAAGAGUUUUCGAAACUCAAAAUUGAAGAGAAUGACAUAAGGAACAUCAGUUACAUCACAGAUUACAAUCGAUCAUCAUCAUCCCUUGCUUCAAGUGCUAAGCAUAUUUGGGAAGAAUUCAAGGAAAGGUUUGACAGAUCAAAUCUUACCAGAAUCAAUCAUAUUUGGGCAGAAAUAGCAAGUUUGAAACAAGGAAGUGAUUCUGUGACAACGUAUUACUCUAAGAUGAAAGUGUUUUGGGAUGAGUUGGAUGUGGUGGGGCCAUUGCCUAGUUGCAAGUGUGCAGAGUCAAAACCUUAUGUAGAGCAUCUUAGAUCUCAGAGGUUGUUGAUGUUCCUAAUGGGAUUGAAUGAAAGUUACAGUAAUAACAGGAAUAAUCUGCUGGCAAAAGGUUCUGAUGUAACUUUAAAUGAAGCAUAUACAAUAGUUACACAAGAGAAAAGUCAAAGGUUAUCGGGUGUGGUGGAUAAGAAUAAAGAUAGUGCACAUAGAGAAGUCCUGACCAUGAUGGCAGAAAGAACUCAAGGGCACAAAUAUAAGAAAGGAGCAGGACAGGCUGCAGGGCAAUCAGAACUCAAAUCCUUUGCCAAUUCUACUACUGCAGAUGGAACGGGAGAAAGCAAUAGUACACAGCAAAAGAAUGGUGGACUGUUUACACAUAGCAGUACCAUGAAGUACUCAGCAAGCUGGAUGAAUCCUCUUCCUCUAAAUACAUGUCUAACAUGGCAGGGCCUCUUCAAUGGCAAGCAUCAUAGACUGAAGUUUCACAUUGAUAAGAAUAAAAUUGCUACUGUUUUUCAACUUGUACACUUCGAUCUAUGGGGUCCUUACAGAAAGCUAACUUAUGAUAAUGGACAAUAUUUUGUUACUCUGGUAGAUGAUUUUAGCAAAUCAUUAAGACAAUCAGAUCAGACAAUGGCACAGAGUUUUUCAAUUCCAACUGUGUUGAAUUGCUUGCUUCAUAUGGAUGACAUGUUUCUCACAUUACCAUCUGAACCUAUAGUUCUUGAUGAACCAAUGUGA